AUAAUACUACAACUACUACUAAUAAUAAUAAUAAUAAAAGAAAAUGGGCAAAGAAAAUCUGUCCAACUCCAGCCAAGAGUUCAAGCUGGUCGGAUUCUCCAAAUUCGUCCGGACCAAUCCCAAGUCCGACCGCUUCAACGUCAAACGUUUCCACCACAUCGAGUUCUGGUGCAGCGAUGCCACCAACACCGCUCGUCGUUUCUCCUGGGGACUCGGGAUGCAACUUCUUGCUAAAUCCGACCUUUCCACCGGGAACUUAACCCACGCCUCUUACCUCCUUCGUUCAGGUGACCUCCACUUUCUCUUCACCGCCCCUUAUUCCCCUUCCAUCGCCCACUCGCAAAGCCUCUCUCCUCUUUCCACUGCUUCCAUCCCCACCUUCGACCACAGCGCGUGCCGCUCCUUCUCUUCCUCCCACGGCCUCGCCGUCCGGGCCAUCGCCAUCGAAGUGGAAGACGCCGAAACCGCCUUCACCACCAGCGUCUCCCACGGCGCGCUACCCUCUUCCCCGCCUGUCGUGCUCGGCGACAACGUUACCCUCUCCGAGGUCAAACUGUACGGCGACGUCGUUUUGCGUUACAUCAGUCACAAUAAAAAUAAUGACCACGAUUUCUUCUUCUUGCCUGGCUUCGAAAAAAUAGAAGACAACCUUUCUUAUCCGCUGGAUUACGGAAUCCGAAGACUCGAUCAUGCGGUCGGGAAUGUCCCGGAACUGGGCCCCGCAGUUUCGUACGUUAAAUCUUUCACAGGUUUUCAUGAGUUUGCGGAGUUUACAGCCGAAGAUGUGGGAACAACCGAAAGUGGGUUAAACUCGCUCGUUUUAGCCAACAACGAUGAAAUGGUAUUGCUCCCAAUGAACGAGCCAGUGUUUGGAACAAAGAGGAAAAGCCAAAUUCAAACUUAUCUGGAACACAAUGAAGGAGCGGGGGUUCAGCAUUUGGCCUUGGUGAGUGAGGAUAUAUUUAAGACAUUGAGAGAAAUGAGGAAGAGAAGUUUGGUCGGGGGUUUCGAGUUCAUGCCGUCGCCGCCGCCUACUUACUAUAAGAAUUUGAAGACUAGGGCCGGAGAUGUUUUGAGUGAUGAGCAGAUUAAGGACUGUGAAGAGUUGGGGAUUUUGGUUGAUAGAGAUGAUCAAGGGACUUUGCUUCAGAUUUUCACUAAGCCUGUUGGAGAUAGGCCAACAAUCUUCAUAGAGAUAAUUCAGAGAGUUGGGUGCAUGCUCAAGGAUGAACAGGGAAAGCAAUACCAGAAAGGUGGAUGUGGAGGGUUUGGGAAAGGCAACUUUUCAGAGCUCUUCAAAUCCAUUGAGGAAUAUGAGAAGACACUUGGAGCCAAACAAAUUGCAGAAUCUGCCACCGCAUGAGAAAAGGAUCUAUUAUAUUGUCUGCAUGUUCUGCUGAAUUCUACUAAUAUAGUUGAAUGAGGUACUUACUAAAUCAUGGUGCAAUCCAUGACAGUGGGAUGAUCAUUGAAUGUAGAAUAAACUCUGUUACUGUUAGUUCUAUUGGGCAUUAAACUAUAUUUACAACGAUUUGCUGGAGAAAUCUAAAUGAUGAUAUAAGCUGGUACUUGAGCAAUGAACAACCCUUUGAUGUGGUUUAUAAAAUUUGAAACAGUUAUACUCUGUAUUUAGUUUCACA